ACCCCCCCUCCCCCGCCCCGCCCCUCUGUACCUUGAGCCCGGCUCGUAAUGGACAACCCGAGUGCAGAGGUGCCGGGGUGGGGGCCCUGGUGCCCCCCAUCGCCGAGGGCGCCCCGUGGGAAGUCCAGAGACCCGCCAUGGCAAUGUGGAAUGUUCACCAGCCGUGCUCGGUGUCUUUCCAUCAGCGCCGUCACGUGCAGCGCGCGUGCCCAAGGUCGAGUCUGCCUGUAGCCGCAAGAGGCCACAAGAGGCCGCUUGCCCCCCACGCAACUUUGUGCCUCUCCUCUUCCCCCUUCCCACUUCGAGAGCCGCCGUCUCGCGGAACCUCGGGACCCCCUCGUAGCUCACCGGGGCGAGCUUCAGGAAUGCGGCGUGCAAUGAUUUACCCCGGGAUUAGAGUCGGAGCCGCCGCGUAGCGCCGCUCCCAAGCGAUUAAUCAAUUAUUGACCGGGCGAAUCGGCGAGCCGUGUUCGUACGAGUGUGGCGGCGGCGGCGGCGCUACGGAGCAUUAAUUAUUGACGCGGCGCAGGUAAAACAUUCACUCACCUGCCGCCUCCCGCACAUCGAUCCCCCAGUCGCGCUCCGUCUCCUCCCUCGAUCGCCGUCAUCGCGCGCGGCUCCCACCUCUUCCAAUCACCUCCUCCUCCACCUCCUCGUCCUCCUCGUGGUGCCCACAGGAUGACCGCAGAAGAGACGGGGUCGAUGUCGGGGUGCGACGCGGUGAACUCGGCCCCAAACGGGCCAGCCCUCACCACGCUCAUGGAGCGGACGGGGUACAGUAUGAUACAGGAGAACGGGCAGAGGAAGUUUGGGGGGCCCCCUCCCGGCUGGCAGGGCCCCCCACCGCAACGCGGCUGCGAGAUCUUCAUCGGGAAGCUGCCGCGGGACCUGUUUGAGGACGAGCUGGUGCCGGUGCUCGAGGGGGUCGGCCGGCUCUACGAGAUGCGGCUCAUGAUGGACUUCGACGGCAAGAACCGCGGAUACGCGUUCGCCACGUUCUGCACCAAGCAGGAGGCGCGCCGCGCGGUGCGGGAGCUCAACAACUUCGAGGUGAGGCCCGGCCGCCUGCUCGGCAUCUGCAGCAGCGUGGACAACUGCCGCCUGUUCGUGGGCGGUAUCGCCAAGACCAAGAAGAAGGAGGAGAUCGUGGAGGAGGUGUCCAAGGUGACGGAGGGCGUGGUGGACGUCAUCGUCUACCCCAGCGCCACAGACAAGAUGAAGAACCGCGGCUUCGCGUUCGUGGAGUACGAGACGCACCGCGCCGCCGCCAUGGCGCGCCGGAAGCUCAUGUCGGGCCGCGUGCAGCUGUGGGGCCACCCCAUCGCCGUGGACUGGGCCGAGCCCGAGCUGGACGUGGACGACGACGUCAUGGAGACCGUCAAGAUCCUCUACGUGCGCAACCUCAUGAUGGACACGUCGGAGGAGGCGAUCCGCGCCGCCUUCGAGCAGUUCCGCGCGGGCAGCGUGGAGCGCGUCAAGAAGAUCCGCGACUACGCGUUCGUGCACUUCUCCACGCGCGACGACGCCCUGGAGGCCAUGCGCCGCCUGGACGGCGCCUCGCUGGAGGGCGCCACCCUGGAGGUGACGCUCGCCAAGCCCGUCGACAAGGAGCAGUACCAGCGCUACCAGAAGGCCAGCAAGGGGGCGCCCGUGCCGGGCGGCGGCGGCGGCGCCGUUGGCACCGGCGCCGGGGUGGCCGCGGCCGCGUCGGCGGCGGCGUCGGCCGUGCCGGAGGCGCUGCAACCGAACUACAUCUACCCGUAUGACACGGCCGGGAGCCUGGCGUACUUCAGCUACGGCAUGUACAACGCUACGGCCGUCGGGCCCAACCGGGACUACUUCCUCAAAGGAACUCACCGGGGCGGGCGAUCGCGCGGCACGUCCGUGCUCUCGGGCCGCACCUCGGGCCCCCGGGGCUCCUACCUCGGCGGCUACAGCGCAGGCCGCGGCAUCUACAGCCGCUACCACGAGGGCAAGGCGGCCGGCAGGGCGGGGCCCGACGGGUGGCCGGGACCCGAAGGGGCCCUCGGGGCCGCCUCCGGGAUGGAGCUCGCCGUGGCGGCUGCAGCGGCAGCGGCGGCGGCCGGGGGCCUCAACCCCCUCGGGCUGAAGCAGCACAACGCAGUGACCCUGCCCGGCCUGGGGCACCAGUACUCGGUGCUCCCCGCGGGAGGGCCCCCCCAGAAACUGGGGGAUGAGUUCCGCGCGGCGGGGGUGGGGGGCACCCCCGAGCAGCUGCUCACGGCGCUGGGGAUGGCGCCCGACCUGGGGGGGCACGCGGGGAGCCUGCAGGGCCUCGCCUCCCCCCCCACCUUCCAGGUGCGAUACAACCACGCGUACGCGUGCGCUCUCGCGCAACAGGGCCGCACGCUGACGCCCGUGUACGCCAUGGCCCCGCCGGGGCUGCCCCGCAUGGCGGUGCCCGGCCUCUACGGCCCCAGCUACAUCAGCGUGGCCACGGGCCUCCCCGCGGGCCUCCAGGGCGGGCUGCCCAUGGCCACGGGCCUGACGAUGCACAAGCACCCGGCGCUGCAGCAGAUGGCGUACCCCUACGGCGGCUUCCUGCCGGCCCACCUGGCCACCGCCAUGCCGAUGUCCCUGCAGGACGUGUACCAGCAGCCGUACUGACGCGAGCGCCGACACGCCGGCACGGAUUUGUGAAGGCCGACGCGUGCCCCGGCGCCGCGUCCCGCACAGAUGCGGGACGCGCACGUGCACGCACCUGGGCUACGUGUACACGCAUUCGUGCGCACACACACACACAGCUGCACUAAUACACAACCGUGCACACGUAAAUAUGCCCCAUGUAGUCCUUAAUAAACUUUUGGGGCAAGCGUGAUUAGCGAGCGCCUAUGAAGCCCGGCACGGCACAUGAUGGGGUGGGUGGCCAGCACCAUCACUUUGUCUCCCCAGUGCUGAGGUUUACACAGCGCAACAGCUACCCAUUUAAGGCUGAGUCGACCUAGCAGAUGCCAAGAACCGGUUCAGAUAAUCAUCACUGGUGUUGGCCAUGAGCGGGAAUCGAACUUGGGUCACUGGGUUCGUAGUGCAGUGCGCUAACCACUACACUACCGCUUCCCAAACACACACACAGACACACGUAUGCAGAAGCACACACAUGUAUCCGAACAUAUGUACACAUUGGAAAGGCCACGGUUGGCUACGUGUGGUGCAAAAUAAGUUCCACAAACAUCCAUACACCAGCAUGGGGCCAUGGUACAAGAUGCUCUGCAGUACCAUCCAACACCACACCUCGGUACGCAUAGCACUACACACACGGCACUACUCGCCACAAUACACACAGCACUCUACACAUCACACUGCAGAUGUCACACUGCGCACGCCACACAGCACACUACACACAGGACCAAUUGUACCACCAAUUGCCUGUAUGCCUACUUCGGGAGAAUUAACACUAACGUUUUAUAAGACGGCGAUAUUUUUAAGGUUUUAAGAUAUUACUGUGUUGCGCCGUCACGUGACGCUUGCGGACUGCGCGUGUGUGAAAUGUGAAUCGCGGUCUUGCCGCUUCCUCAAGCAAUGUGCGCUUACCUGAGACUAUAGGGGUCAGGCCUAGGGGUCAGGGCUAGGGGGUCAGGGCUCAGGGCUAGGGGGUCAGGCCUAGGGGUCAGGGCUAAA